AUGCAAUUUGGCACAUCUCUGGAUGAGAAGGGGAAAGAGAGGGCAUUAGAUGUUGAAGGAGAAGAAGAUAUCAGUCUGUCCAUGGAUAUUGUGCUUGCAGGGAUGUCCGCUGAAGCCAUGGAAGAAGGAAAUCCAGACUGCCAGGUGGCCCAGAUGCAUGUCAGAGUGCUGAGGGCAAAUGCAGCACUUGGACUGAGCGCAGCAUUCCCCGUGGCACAAGCAAGUACCUCCCAACCCAACAUGAUGCCAGCAGCAGUGUUCCAUGACUAUCCCGGAUAUGCACCUGGUGCAGAGUUGCUUCCCAUCCCCUCGAAGCUAGGGGCCAACAUGACAACUGAGUCAAUGGCUGCUUCUCUCCCAUCUGAGAAACCACUUACAGCUCUGGACUUGCAUGCUGACCCAGCAUUUGUCAAGAAGUAUGCUGAGCCUUACCGGACUGUGGUGAAGGAGCACAAGAGGUCCACCAGUCUUUUGCACAAACUGGAGGAGGUCCUGCUACCCAUAUUGGGGAGUCUCGCCAAGUGGUUGGCUGCAGCACAGUGCCCUGCUGAUGUGGUUGGCAAGCCCAGCACUUUGCUGGGAACAGAGACUGGUGACUUUGACAUGCCAGAUCUUGGAGAUUUGCAUCUUGCUGAUGGGAAUCGAGCUGAAGACUGGCAGAAGGCCAAGGAGAAGAGGGAGAGGGAGAUGGAGAAGCUGGAGAAGCAGAGGGAAAAAGAGCAAGCAAUGUGGGAUGCUGCACCGGCCAUGGGCAAGGGGGUGGUCUUUGAUGACUACCCUCCCCAUAUCUCUGAAGAAGCAUUGUCUCCGGCUGCAGCAAUCCCUGAGCAGCCUGCCACACCUGGACCUGCUGAGUUGAUCUCUACAAGUCCUCCUUCCUCACCCCCUCAAAUACCUGGUCCUCCUGCUGCUUCAUCGACUGAAGCAGUGAAAAAGUGGACCUGGAAGGAGUGGAAAGCUCAUAGGAAGGCCCAGAAGGAAGCACAAAACAGGGAGCAUGAGGCCAAAGAAGCUGAUGUGGAACUUCCACACAAAUGA